AUGUCGUACCGUCACAGCGUCCCCGGCCCCGGCUCGGGAGAGGAGAUGCCUGAAUUCUACGGGGGCAUGCCGGCCGAAUGGGCGGGAGUGGAGUCUUCUCCAUUCGUGGGUGUUCCCCCCAACCACCAUCACCAGCAGCAGCAGCCCUACUGCACAGGACCCGUGGUUCCAAGCUCGGUCUUGACACCGAUCAGCCUGCCAGACAACUCAUACCGUCCCAGUCCAGUGCUCAGCCAUCACUCACAGCAACAAGAGUACACCUCGACGGAGUAUCAAUACGGAAUCAACGAACACAUCCCACCACCACAAGGUCUGGGUAUCUCGGGGCCUUUCCCCAGUGACUUCCCUCGGACCUCAGCCCCCCACAGCAGCUACGUUUACAGCACGCCAGAAGACCUGAAGUACAAUGUGGUCGAUACGCCGUCCAUGUCACCACAACCACCGCCCUCCAAGCGGGUGAAACGCACGCCCUCCCACACACCUUCCCGCGAAACACCCAUCCAGAUCCUUCCACACCCAGAAGGCCUCCAGCGCAUGGAGCACGAGCGACACAACCCACCACCUGAGCCCCAGGCGCCGCCGCCUCGUCCCCGAGCUCCUGGCCGGGGGCGCCGUGACCCGCAGGCUGAGGACGAGGAUGCGUUUGUCGAGGCCCUGCGCGAACAGAACCUCGCCUGGAAGGUCAUCCGUGAAAUGUUCCAGCAGCGCUUUCACAAGGAUGCCACCGAGGCGCGUCUUCAGAUGCGUCUGCUGCGCCGGCGCAAGGAGCGUCUGGCGCGCUGGGACGACAGUGAUAUAAAACUUCUCAUUUGCGCCCAUGAGCUGUGGGAGAGUAAAAAGUAUCAAUUCGUUGCUGAUCAGAUGAAAGAGCUUGGCGCAAAUAGAGCAUACACGCCCGAGCAAUGCAAAGCCCAACUCCGGCUCCUCGAAGCCAAACAGUACCUCCGCGAUCUCGGCAGCGCCUCCCCUCGGCCAUGUCAGACCCGGCCGUUUCUCCCACGCGAUCUCGCAAACGGACCGCCGGCAUGGCAGAGAUCGGCGAGGACGAGCAUGGGCUAG